CCGCUCGGACCGCGCGCGCGGGGUGUCAUGGCGGCCUGCAGGCAGUGCUGCUCGUACCUGAGGCUCCGGCCGCCGGGCUGCGGUCCCCUCGGUCCCCUCGGCCGGCCCGGGCGGAGUCGGCCGCUCACCUAUUUGCAGGCGCGAGCGCUGUGUAGCAGCACCGGGUCCCGAACGGUGGCCGUGGACCUGGGCCACAGAAAAUUAGAAAUAUCCUCUGGAAAACUGGCAAGAUUUGCAGAUGGCUGUGCUGUGGUUCAGUCAGGCGACACAGCAGUGAUGGUCACAGCGGUCAGUAGAACAAAGCCUUCACCCUCCCAGUUCAUGCCCCUGCUGGUUGACUACAGACAGAAGGCUGCUGCAGCAGGUAGAAUCCCCACAAACUACCUUAGACGGGAGAUUGGCUCUUCUGACAAAGAGAUUCUUACAAGUCGAGUAAUAGAUCGUUCAAUUCGACCUCUCUUUCCAGCUGGCUAUUUUUAUGAUACUCAGGUAAUAUGUAAUCUGCUAGCAGUAGAUGGCAUCAAUGAACCCGAUGUCCUAGCAAUUAAUGGUGCUUCUGUAGCCCUCUCCUUGUCAGACAUUCCUUGGAAUGGACCUGUCGGGGCAGUACGAAUAGGAAUGAUUGAUGGAGAAUGUGUUGUUAACCCAACAAGGAAAGAGAUGUCUUCUAGCACUUUAAAUUUAGUGGUUGCUGGAGCACCUAAAAGCCAUAUUGUUAUGCUGGAAGCCUCUGCAGAAAACAUUCUACAGCAGGACUUCUGUCAUGCUAUCAAAGUUGGAGUGAAGUAUACCCAGCAGAUAAUUCAGGGCAUCCAGCAGUUGGUAAAAGAAAUUGGUGUUGCCAAGAGGACACCCCAGAAGAUAUUCACCCCUUCACCAGAGAUUGUGAAGUAUGCUCACAACCUUGCCAUGGAGAAACUCUAUGCAGUUUUUACGGAUUAUGAACAUGAUAAAAUUUCUAGAGAUGAAGCUGUUAACAAGAUAAGACUAGACACAGAGGAGCAACUAAAGGAAAAAUUUCCAGAGGUCGACCAAUUUGAAAUAAUAGAAUCCUUCAAUGUUGUUGCAAAGGAGGUUUUCAGAAGUAUUAUUUUGAAUGAAUACAAAAGGUGUGAUGGACGGGAUUUGACUUCACUUAGGAAUAUAAGUUGUGAGGUAGAUAUGUUUAAAACACUUCAUGGAUCAGCAUUGUUUCAAAGGGGACAGACACAGGUACUCUGUACUGUUACAUUUGAUUCAUUAGAAUCCAGUAUUAAGUCAGAUCAAAUUAUAACAGCUAUAAAUGGGGUAAAAGAUAAAAAUUUCAUGCUGCACUAUGAGUUUCCUCCUUAUGCAACCAAUGAAAUUGGCAAAGUUACUGGUGUAAAUAGAAGAGAACUUGGGCACGGUGCUCUUGCUGAGAAAGCUUUGUUUCCUGUUAUUCCCAAAGAUUUUCCUUUUACCAUAAGAGUCACAUCCGAAGUCCUUGAGUCAAACGGGUCAUCUUCUAUGGCAUCUGCAUGUGGUGGAAGUUUGGCAUUAAUGGAUGCAGGGGUCCCAAUUUCAUCUGCUAUUGCAGGUGUAGCAGUGGGAUUGGUUACAAAAACCAAUCCAGAGAAAGGGGAAAUAGAAGAUUAUCGUUUGCUGACAGAUAUUCUGGGAAUUGAAGAUUACAACGGUGACAUGGAUUUCAAAAUAGCCGGUACAAAUAAGGGAAUAACUGCGUUACAGGCUGAUAUUAAAUUACCUGGAAUACCAAUUAAAAUUGUAAUGGAAGCCAUUCAGCAAGCAUCAGUGGCAAAGAAGGAGAUAUUACAGAUAAUGAACAGAGUAAUUUCAAAACCUCGAGCAUCUAGAAAAGAAAACGGACCAGUCGUAGAAACAAUUAAAGUUCCAUUAUCAAAACGAGCAAAAUUUGUUGGACCGGGUGGAUAUCACAUAAAAAAACUUCAGGCUGACACAGGUGUAACAAUUAGUCAGAUUGAUGAAGAAACCUUCUCCAUAUUUGCACCAACACCUAGUGCAAUGCAUGAGGCAAGAGACUUCAUUACUGAAAUUUGCAGAGAUGAUCAAGAGCAACAGUUAGAAUUUGGAGCAGUUUAUACCGCUACAAUAACUGAAAUCAGAGGUCAGAAGAGGACAUCAGAUUCUCUUGAACUAGAUAUGUGGAUGCUGAGACUCAAACCUGGGUCCUCUGGAAAGCAGCCAGAGGACUUAGUUGCUGAUCCAUCUUUGACUCUGAACUUCUGAUCCUCCUGCUUUCACCUCUGGAAUACUGGGAGGUGUGCACCACGGUGACUUGUUUUUAUAGUGCUGGAGCCAACCCCUCGGCUGUGGGCAUGUGAGCCCUCUACAGCUCAGCUACACCUCUAGCCCCAUCGAAUUCUUUUUGUUUUCUUAGCUAAUUUUAUUUUCUGUGCCACUGUAGUUUUCAGUAACAUGUUUUAUAAUUAUAAUAGAUUCUGACAUGAGAAUUUUUUUCUUAAACCAAAUUUUUUACCAUAUUUUAUUUUCAAACUAUAUUUUUACCAGUUUUAUUUUCCCCCAAACCAUAAACCUAAAACUUACAAAUUAGUAUUUCCUUUUUAUUGUUGUUUUUGUUUCUACGGCAUCACUUGAUACUUAAUUAACACAUUUUUAAAUCACUUUCAACCUCAAAAGUAUUUU